AUGGAGUCCGGCGCCGCCGCCGAGGCCUUCUUCGACGCCUCCGAUUCGUUGCUGCUUCCAGAAUCGGAAGAAGACGCCGGCUCCGCCACCGGGCUUCGUCUCCGGCGGGGAUCUUCCAUGUCCUCCACCCGACGUAGCAGGAGCCGGAGCCUCCUACUCGAUCCCCCCGCCGGAGCCGUCGACCGCGAGGGGAGACUCGAAACGCCGGCGGUCGGAGAAGGGGGGAGCAGCGGGGAAGCCGAAUCGUCUUCCGGCGGAUCUCCCCCUUCAUCGCCGGAUGUCCUGGUCGCAUUAACUGGUCUCGUCAUCAAGGCGCUAGGGUUUCAGAUCAGUCUGCUGGUCACCUCGGUCGCCUUCCCCUUGCGGCUGCUGUGCUUCUCCAUCUUCCUCGUCGCGGAUCCCUGCGGAACCCUAAAUCGCGGAGCAGACGCGCUGCGGCGGUUCUACGCCGCCCUCCAGGAACGGAUCGGCUCCCUGUUCUUCGAGAAUCUGAGCGGCAAUCGAGGCAUGGGAAAGAUCGCGCUGAGAGUAUCUGUGGGAUGCUUCUGGUCCCUCUACGUCUUCUUCACCCUGGUGGCAUGCCUGAUUACGGCUUUACUCAUCGGGAGGCUGAUCACGGCGGCGAUGGUGGAGGAGCCUCUCCGCUUCACAGAGGAUCUGAGCUUCGACUACACCAGGAACAGCCCCGCGGUGGAAGUGCUUCUCGGCCGUCGUCUUGUUCCUCCCGGCCGGAGACUGAAAUCCACCGUCUCCCUCACCCUGCCGGAGUCCGACUACAACCGAAAUCUCGGGAUCUUCCAGGUAGAAUCUGCUGGUCGUCUUGUUCCUCCGACUUCCCCCUCGUCGCUGACAAUCCUGAUGAAUUCCUGCGGCAAAGGUGAAGGUGGAGUUCCUCACGGCGGAGGGGAAGCGGGUCGCCGGCUCCGGGCGGCACUGCAUGCUGCGCUUCAAGAGCCCUCCGAUCAGGUUCUUGGAGAGCUUCUUCAGGUCGGGGCUGCUCCUCGCCGGGUACUCGUCGGAGUCGCAGACGCUCAGUCUGAAGAUGAGGAGCUUCACGGAAGGAGCGCCGCCGACCGCCGCCGCGAGGAUCGUCCUCGAGCCGAGGGCGGAGCACCGGCAAGCCGGCCCCGGCGCCGGCUUGCCGGAGAUCUACGCCGCGAGUCUGACGCUGGAAUCGGAGCUACCUCUGGUGAGGAAGCUGCUGUGGGACUGGAGGAGGACCCUGCUCAUGUGCAUGACCAUCGCCGCCUUCAACUCCGAGCUGAUGCUGCUUCUGGUCUGCUGCGCUCCGCUCAUUCUCCCGGGCUCUACACGGCGGAGGGUCCCCUCCUCCGCUCGGACAUAG